GUCUGGGGCCUUAGCCACGCCAGCGAGGGCCGAGAUCCUGGGUUCUACCUGAUUCCGCCCGGAGAUCCGCAGAUCUUGACGGUUGUGGAGGCACUCGACGAAGAAAAAGUAGACGUGCAGCACGUGGCCGUCAAACCGUCCGACAUCGGCAAGGAGACCAAGCAGGCUUUCUUGGACUGGGUCGAGUCCCUGAGGCCGAAGCUGGUGGUCGUGAAGCGCCCCAAGGAGCUGUAUGCCUUCGACCUGGGUGUGGAAGAGGGCGACGGCAAGGGCAUGAAGAAGUCGUACCGUUUCUCCAUGGCUAGGGCAGCACUGGCCAGUACCACUCACAGCAUUUUGCUUAGGAGGCUGCCAGCAAGGGGGCCAACAAACAGUUCACAGCACUCAUCAGCAGCCUUGAUGUUUGGUGAUGUGGAAGCUCGAUGCGGCCCAUCUCCCUGCAUCUGGUACAACGCCCACAUACGAGACCUCACUGAUCAAGGCGUUCUUUGCUGCUUCGAGGAGGGCUCCUGGGAUGACGUGCUUUGCAAGUUUGAGGACGUGCGUCUGCCUGCACCGAGGCUCGCACCGCAGGACUUCGACCCGGUCGCCGGAGAUCUCGUAGAGUAUGAGAUCUUUCCUUCCGAUGCAGCACCUGGUGGCUGGGCCGUCGCACAGGUACAUGCACGCUUGGAGACUUUGUGGCACCUUCGCUGGCCAGAGAAGUCGCAGCAAGGGUCUUCCGGGGAGGUUCUGAUGCCACGCUCGCGUCUCCGGCCCUGCUCCAGCCGCGAGGGGAAUGUCGCUGGUGUCUUACAAAAAGCAGAGGUGACCGUCGAUGUGUCCUACGCACGAUGGCUCGACUCCCCGGAUGCCGCCAGCGCGUUUCGACGCGUCGAGUGCAUGGCUGUGGGCCUUCAGACUGGUGAUGCACGCUGCGCUCCUACUGAUCUCCUGAAGGUACACUGUACUGGCACUCGUGAGGCAAAGGUCAUAGCCAUUGGCACCAAGAAGGCGGUGCAGAGAGCCAAGAUGCUCAUUCCUUCAAUCCUGCAGAACCAGGAGAAGGUGAAGUGCUUUGAGGAGGCACAGCAGACGCGCCUGAAGGCACUCUUAGAGCGGCAGGUGAAGAAGCUCGCGGACAUGGACGCUCGCCGGCCCGCUGAAGGCUUCUCCAGGGCGGAGUUCGCUUUGCCCAAAGCUGCAGUUGGCCGCUUCAUCGGCAAGAGCGGCGCAAACAUCCAGGCAAUGCAAAAGGAGCAUGCCGUGAGAAUCGUGGUUGAAGAGGCGGAGACUCCCGGCUUCAAGCGCGUCCACGUGCUGGGUCAGAACGAGGAGGAUGUCCAUGCAGUUCGAGACAUGGCAGAAGUGAUCAAGAAGCGGAUUCUCGUGGAAAAGGGGAUGAAAAGCUGGAUCCUGGGACGCAAUGGGACUGUGGCUGAACGGGUGCAGAUCGCCAGCGGUGCGAGCAGUGUCCGGUUCGAUGACAAGGACCAUGCGCUGGUUUUCGAGGGCACCCGCUCUGCUUGUGCCACUGCCCAGCUCCUAUGCGACGCCCACCUCUCCUACUUCGAGACCUUCAAAGGCUUCGAUGAGACCAUGGAGGAUCUUGUUAGCCGGUUGAAGUCGCAGGGAGAACUGCGCGAGUGCGUGUGGCCACCGACGCCCUUGAAAGGACGCAGUUGGCCGACGCCCGAGGGCAGAGAGGGCCCUCCGGGAAAGGGCCCUGGCUAUGGAGGCCCUUCUCCUGGGCCCGGACGAGACAGGCGAGGCCAAAGCCGCGAAGGCCCAGGCGGACGGAGGGAGCUCCGCUCCUCCCGGGCUUUCGAAGGUCGCUCGACCUCACCGGCUGCCGCACGGAGAAGACAUCAAGUGGCGUGA